AUGUCAUAUUUGGGGGGCAGCGCGGACUCUGAUUCAAUUCGCCAGACCCAACCCGACAUGCUCCGGGAGUGGAUUCCCCUCCAACACGACUAUUUGAAAGCCGUCUAUGCCCAGUGCGAACACCCAACCACUGGUGCUGACGGGGGCUUCAUCUGCUCUGGUUGUAACACCGGCGGAGGAGUCUGGAAGUGCCUAUCUUGUAUCGGAUGGCCCAUCUACUGCGCGUCUUGCUGCUUGGCCUCACAUCGCCGGACACCUUUUCAUCGUGUCGAGCGGUGGAAACUGGAUGGGUACUGGGCCCCGGCAUGGCUGCGCGACGUCGGCGUAGUCAUCAAUCUAGGCCAUCGGGGUGGCGAGUGCCCCCUCGCCCAGGAGGCCGUGGGCCAGCAGGAUGGGGGUGGAACAGAUGCUGAGGAUGAGACGGAGGAAGAUGAGGAGAACCUAGAAGACACCGAGGACGACCCGCUUCGCGAUGCCGAUCCACCUCCUCGUCCCCCGGCCGCCAUGAUGACGAUCGUUGACACCUCCGGGGUCCACUAUUUACCUGUGCGAUGGUGCGGCUGUCUGGGCGCGAAGAGUCAUACGUUACAGAUGCUCGAUUGUGGCCUCUAUCCCGCCAGUCAGCGUGAGGCGAGGACCUGCUUCACGUUCCAGGUAUUGGAUGACUUCCUGCUGGAUAAUCUGGAGUGUAAAACCACCGCCAUGAAUUAUUAUCGCCGAAUACGCCGGCUGACAGACCCACUAUUCCCGCAUGAGGUCCCUGAUCGCUACCGAGAGCUUGCGAGGGUCAGCCGGCAGUGGACACUGCUGCAGGCGAAGAAGGAGUUUGGAUAUGGCCCGGCCUGGCGUGGACCGCCGGGCGACGGGGACUUGGCGCAUUUCUGUGCGGCCUGUCCGCAGCCUGGUAUUAACAUACCUGAUGACUGGCAGGUCGACGACAGAGAGUACUUGUACGCGCGUGGAUAUGCGAUGGACGGCAAUUUCCACGCUGAGCAAAUGAAGAUGCGUGUGCCGGGGAAUGAUGUGCCACUCAUGCCAGGCAAGAUGUUCAUGGUCAAUCCUACCCCGUACGCCGAGCAUCUCAAAGUGGCCAAAGAGGUCGUCGUGAAAUCUACAUGUAACGAUCAUAAGGCUGUAUCCCAAGCCAAUGCCGACAGGCACAAGCUCGCCGUGACGGGGAUAGGUGCGACGGCCUGUUCCAGGCAUGGGUGCUUUGUACCACAUUCAGUGGUGAACUUCCAGAAGGGAGAGCGCCAGAUGAACAUGGACUAUUCUCUGUCAAACGCGCUGAAAUACCGAUCGCGAGGGUGUACCCGGGUCAUCGUACUUUACGACAUCAUGUGUCAGUGGGGUGUGCACAUGAACGCCCGAUUUGAGCACAGCCCGUACCUUUCAAUACCACCCCGUCUUGUCCUCUACAAGUGUAUAGGCCUCUUUCAUGUCCACGGCCACAAACCAGAGUGCGAGUAUCGCUUCUCGCCGACGUACAUGAUCGGGGCCGGCGAGGUUGAUGGCGAGAUCGUUGAGACGCAGUGGUCAUGCAUGAAUCGCAUAUCAGGUAGUACAAGAACCAUGUCCACUUCUCACAGGCAAGAAACACUCGAUCGGCACAUGAACGACUGGAACUGGAAGAAGAUGAUCACGAUGGUUACAUCCCUUCGCCGGAAAAUCAAAGCUAAUCGGCCGGUGCUUGCCGACAUGAAGCGCGACCUCUCGGCGAAGGAAGCAGGUGUCAGCCCACUGCGGCUGCAGGCUUGGAAGGCAGAGCUUGAUACGGCGCAGAGGCAACGCCUCCGAAACGUAAAGGUUAUGGACCGAUACCAACCUCCAAAACAGAUCGCCCCAUCCCAGGCUGCACUUCAACUGGAAUUGACAGAGCAGGAAGGCGAUGACGAUGCCACGAUUGGCACUGCGGCCUGGAUUGCAGAAGGCCUAAAGCUGGAGGAAAUACAGAUUAAAGUGAAGAAACACGCAAAUCAAAUUGGGGACAAGGCCACCGGGGCGCAGCUCCUAAAGCUGGGGAAGGAGAGGAAGAACCUGGAGACUAGAAUUCGCCGCUUCCACAGUCGAGCGCAUGAAAUUGCCCGGCGCAACCACUUCGUAGUAGGAGAGGGCUCGGAUAACGAGGAUGAUGAAGAUAACGAGUGGGAGGAUGAAGGCCCUGUUGUUCCUCGACAGCCAAACAGCCCGUGGGCAGUGUUCAGCAGCCGGCCACCCCCUCCUUACAGCCGGGCUAUAUCUGAAGAGACGGCCCUCGGCCUACCAUCCAACCUCCCAAUGGACGUGCGCGAGGAGCAUGGCAUCGCGCUUCUUGCCAGUCGGGAAAUCGUGCUUCGGCGGGGCCAGGCUAAUGAUUCCCUUCAACAACUGCGGGUGCUACUUGGGCAGAAGUCCUUCCAGUUUCGUACCAGUGUCCGCCAUGGCAAAGGGAACACCAAGCGUACCCGAGCAUGGACUUCAAUGACAAAGCUCGAUCGUGCUGUCCAGAUCCAGGCCGCAGUGUAUCGUAGGGCUCGGGCGGCCAUGCUGGUUCUGGGCAUGACCGAGGCCGAUCGCCGAAAAUAUCAGCCACUACAGCCGGAUGACCUAAAGGUAAGUACCGCCAUAGCAGAGCCCAAUAAACGCGGCCAGCGUCAUAAAUCACCGUCUUGGGUCUGGAACGUUGAUGUCGAAGGCGACAUCAUAGGAGAUAAUGGCCUAGCAGUCAUCCAUCGCGUACAUUGGUUUCAGGCACGCUCAAAGGUGGACCGGCUGCAAGAGGAAGCAGGUCUCCUCAAACGUGAACUGGAUUCGGUCCGACGAUACUUCACUCAUGAAAGUAAGAGAUGGCGGGACAUGGCCGGCGUGGAGGAUAACGAGACCUAUCCCGGGUUCCGACCCUACUGCCGAAGGCGAGCUGCAAUGUUUGAACGCCUGCACAGGGAUGCACAGCAGACGUUUAUGGAUAUGUACAUAGAUUCCAAUGCUGCGGUGUGA